AUGAAGCUAAAAAACUAUGAAAAUGGAACAAUUCUACAAGAUACUUUACACCUCAAAGCAAAACAGAAACUUGGAUGCCAAUCAUCAAUUUGUCAUGGAUCAAUAAUGAACCCUCAGUGUUAUAUAAGAGGUCCAAGAGACAAACCAGUGUCACAAGAUGUAAUCUUACCUCAAGCAAUAGAAUUUCUAAACCAAUAUUACAAUUCUUUCAAAGAGCUAGAGAUAGAAAAUUACCUGAACAGGCUAGAAACCAUUACCAAAGAUAUUGAACUAACUGGAACUUACCAAUUAACUAUGGAUGAGCUUGUCUUUGCUGCUAAACAGGCAUGGAGAAAUGCUCCCAGGUGCAUAGGCCGGAUUCAAUGGAACAAUUUACAGGUAAUUGAUGCCCGAACCUGCAAGACAGCUAAAGAAAUGUUUGAUCUUAUUUGCCGUCACAUAAAGUAUGCCACCAAUGCUGGGAAUAUAAGGUCGGCAAUUACUAUAUUUCCUCAGAGGACUGAUGGGAAACAUGACUUUAGAGUCUGGAACAGCCAGCUACUCUGUUAUGCAGGGUUUGAAAUGCCAGAUGGGAUAGUCAUUGGGGAUCCAGCCAGAGUGGAGUUCACAGAGCUAUGUAUACAACUUGGAUGGAAACCAAGAUAUGAACGCUUUGAGAUUCUUCCUUUGGUGCUGCAAGCAAAUGGUGAAGACCCAGAAUUAUUUGAAAUUCCAAAAGAUCUUAUAUGUGAAGUUAUAAUAGAGCACCCUAGGCUUGAGUGGUUUAAAGAACUGGAUUUAAGGUGGUACACCGUGCCUGCAGUUUCCAACAUGCUGCUUGAAGUUGGAGGCAUUGAAUUCCCAGCAUGCCCCUUCAAUGGUUGGUACAUGGGUACAGAAAUUGGUGUUCGAGACUUUUGUGAUGUCCAGCGUUACAAUGUGCUAGAGGAAGUUGGAAGAAGAAUGGGAUUAGAAACUCACAAACUGGCAUCUCUGUGGAAAGACCAGGCAGUACUUGAAAUCAAUGUAGCUGUUCUUUACAGCUUCCAGAAACACAAUGUAACUAUAAUGGAUCACCAUUCUGCAGCAGAGUCUUUUAUCAAACACAUGGAGAAUGAGUACAAGCUGCGGGGAGGCUGCCCAGCUGACUGGGUUUGGAUUGUGCCUCCAGUGUCAGGGAGCCUCACCACUGUGUUUCAUCAGGAAAUGCUCAACUAUAUUCUGAGCCCUUUUUACUACUACCAGAUUAAUGCCUGGAAAACUCACGUGUGGCACGAUGAGAGCCGAAGACCUAAGAAGAAAGAAUUUAAGCUCAGUGUUAUUGCCAAGGCUGUGUUCUUUGCUUCUUUACUUGUGAGGAAAUCUAUGGCUGCCAGGAUAAAGGCCACAAUCUUGUACGCCACCGAGACCGGAAAAUCAGAGACACUGGCAAGAAAACUGCACACGUUAUUUAGCUUUGCUUUCAAAACCGAGGUUAACUGCAUGCAAGAUUACAAUAUCAGCAAUCUGAACAAAGAAACUCUCCUUCUAGUAGUUACAAGUACAUUUGGAAAUGGUGACUGCCCUGGUAAUGGGGAGAAAUUCAAGAAAUCAUUGUUUACCCUGAAACAACUCCACAGUAAAGUAAGGUAUGCAAUUUUUGGACUUGGUUCCAGCAUGUAUCCACAGUUUUGUGCUUUUGCUCAUACUUUGGACCUGAAGAUGGCACAGCUUGGUGCUUCCCAGAUUAGUCCAACUGGUGAAGGGGAUGAGCUCAAUGGACAAGAAGAAUCUUUUUCAUCAUGGGCUGUUCACACAUUUAAGGUAAUAAGUGAAAGCAGCAAGUACACAUGCUAA